AUGAUGGAGCAAGAAAAAGAGGAGAGACAUAUCUACACCAAUAAAAGUUCAAAGAAUAUGAAGGAGCAUAAGGAAGAUAGGUCUGGAGGGGCUUCCUCCCAUCCAGAUAGUAGGAAUGGUCUUGGAAAAAGACAGAUGAGCCUAGAUGACAUAUUUUCCAAAAAAAAGAUCGCAACUGUUGUGAUACCAAGUAAAAUUCAAGAAACAGACUGGAUCUGUGAAGGAUGUGUCAAUCCAUGCGAAUACUGCAAGCUAGAAGAGAAGAUUGACCUGAGAUGGAGAGGAUAUCUGAAGUCGGAGUUUGGAAAGGAUUAUUUCAGGGGAAUCAAGAGGUUUCUCCAUGGGAACAGAAAUCAUCUACCUCCGAUUGAUAAGAUAUUUACGUUUUCAAGCUUCUUUCCAUUAGAGGCGACAAAGGUUGUUAUAAUGGGCCAAGAUCCUUACCACAACGACAAUCAAGCAAUGGGAUUGUCUUUUUCUGUUCCCAUGGGUGUUCCCAUUCCGCCGAGUCUCAAAAACAUAUACUUGGAGAUAAGUUCUGAUAUUGAAGGAUUUGAGAUUCCUUCUCAUGGAGAUCUGUCUAUGUGGGCCAAGAGAGGUGUGCUAUUAUUGAACGAUGUUCUCACUGUCACAAAAAACCGACCGAAUUCUCAUGCUGGUAUUGGAUGGAGAGAAUUCACAAGUAGGAUUCUUCAAACUAUAAAUGAAAGAUGUACCAAUGUUGUGUUUAUGUUAUGGGGAAGGCACGCCCAAGCAAAAGGCAAAUUCAUCAGCAGGAGCAAGCACUUGGUAUUGGCCUGUGGGCACCCAAGCCCUCUCAGCUCCAAUCAUUUUUUCGGAUGCAAGCAUUUUUCCAAAGCCAACAAAUAUCUUAUGGACCAUGGAAAAUCUCCUAUUGAUUGGCAAGUAUAG